GCAUCGCGAGCACACAGAUCGUCACCUGUGCGCCACAGUUCGUCAUCGCGCAGUUGGUCACCUGUGCACCAGACGACGUCAGCGCACAGACUAUCACCUGUGCGCCAGACACCGUCGGCGACCACACCACAAGAUGGGCGCCAAACUACAGCUCCUGCGCGCAGGCCAUCACCAGAUCGUCGUCUCUCCAGGAGCUCUGGGACUGUGACUGAAGAGCCUCAAGACACAACCCUUGUGGACCCAUCACCCGAUCUGUUUGAGUCUACAGGGUUAACUGACGAAACUUUUCUUGGGUUUGAGGACAGCCGUGCAGACGUAUCCAGCCAGACCCUUGAAAAGUCUUCCGAAACAAGGACAAGUGGAGCUCCUGGAGCAGCGGCAUCACAGGAUGGAGAAGUGGUGCCACGAACCAGCAGCGGACUAGCUUCGGGGAUUGGUUCCUACUUCAGGCCGGAUCUCCUCCUACAGGAGUCGUCAGAGGAUGGCGAGGUGGAAGUGCAGGACGCUCCAGUUGCUACAUCCCUGCCUGCCCAAAUGCAUGUGGUGGCAGACAUCCAGGAAGGGCAGAAUCCCUCAAAUGUUCAGAGGGUUCACACCCUGGCAUCAGAGAUUGGGACACGCCAGGAUACAUACACAAAUGUUGUGGGAAGCAGACUGGACAACAUUGAGAGGACAAUGGAGAAAAUGUCCAACAGUCUACAUGAACUGCAGAAGACUCUUUCCGACAGCACGGCCACAAUACUACAGAUCAUACUUGAAGAUCAUAGGGAGAAUAGGAACGUACUUAACAUUAUGUCCGAUUCCUUGGUCAAGCUUGUGGAAAACACCACAUGUUUGGCAGAAAGUAAUAAGAACAUGUCGGAUAGUCAUCGACACUCCGCUUCCAGCCAACAGGUCAUGGCAACCACACUGCAGAUGAUCUAUGAAAAGCUCCCAGUACCAGCUCAUCAACACGCUGGUGAUCCACCAUAUCCGCCGUCGCAAGCCACAAGGACGCAUCGUACCCUUCCUCGAGUCCCAUCCCAGUACAGUCAGUCACAGAUGUACCAGGGAUAUACAGGGAUGUACCCCACCCCCCAGAUGCCUCCACCACCGGCCGCACAAUCUUCAGCAGCAUGGGCACCGAGGGCCAGUCAACAUACUCCCCAGCCUCCCAGGACAUCCACGCCCUAUCAGGGGGAAGAAGAGGAUCCGGACAGACUUCCACCAUAAACCCGGUCGUAUUAUUUUAUUUUCUUUAAAAUGUUUUUCAUGUAUCCCUGUCUUCCCCUCCCAUUAGUUUGUUGUUUUUCUUACUAUUGUUUUUUCUUUGUUGGCCUUCCCCACCCGUGACCGGGUACUACCAAGGAGCUUUGUGUAGGCAUACAUGCGCGGGCAUGUAUGCGGGCGCGUGUGGUAACGGAUGAAAGCUCCUUGCGGCUACAUGUAUGAUGGGCCAAAGAGCUAUUCUGAUACCCCCUUUUUCUUCCAAAAAUCCUUUUUGUAAUGAUGUACAGUAGACUUUCAUUGUGUGAAUUUACUAUUCACUAGUCUGUGUUUUUUACUUAUUCAUAGGAUUGAUGAGGAAAAAUGAAGUGGACGGCAUAAGUUUGUGUUGAGCGUACCAAGAUAUCUAUAUACACAAGAAAAGAAUGUAAAGAAGAACAAACUACUUUUUUGUUUUAAUUAACUUUCAA